AUGUAUGAAGUAUAGAUUGAGCAAGAGUAGACAGUAGUAAUACGAGAAACCAAUAAAAAAAGAGAACAAUUCCGACAUGAUUUGAGAAGGAAAGCUUUAAAUGAAUAAUUCAAAAAGAAGAGAACACCUAAAAAAGAACUAGAUAUGCUAAAUUUACUUAAAAAACUUAGGAGCAAUGAAUCUGAACUAUGUAGAGUAUUAAGAUUAAUGUAAGAAGCAAAUCUUGAAGAAAAUGAAGAUAUAGCAAUGUUUUUGCGUGAGUUAAUGUAAGAGAAUUUGAAUUAGGAGAUAAGAUUAUUGUGUAAAUAAUUAAUAAAUCUUAAAUUCUGUUGCAUACCUUAACAUUUAAUGAAAAAUCGAUAACAAUAUUGA